UUGCUUCAGCUCCAAUCUCAAUCUGUUGCAGAAAUUCCCAGCGAACCUCGAAGGAACGGAGAACGGAGAAAACUCAGCGAGGCCCUUCGGCUUGGACAACCGAGGUCUUACGCUGUGCAACCCGUGCAUCUUAGUUCAGCAGCUCACGUGACCGAUAGUAAAACACCCAACCGAUUCUUUACUCCUUUCGAGUUAUCAAAUGGAUUUGAGCCAUCAAAGACUAUCCCACCUGAGACAUUGAAAAAAAUAGAUGAGGAGGAUACACUAGGCUCUGACCAACAGCCACAACAAAUUAACAGGAUAAGAAGCACCACGGAGAGUGUGAACGAGACAGAAAUCCCCGCAAUCAUUAGAAAAGAUUUGGGAUUGGAGAAGAGAAAAGAUGGAGAUGAUAAAGUAGGAGCCGAAACUCCAGACGAAUAG